CUCAGGAGAGGGAGCGCUGGAGGAGCAAACGACCUGCUGCCAACUUCAUCUGGAGCAUGUUUCAGCACUCUGCAAGAUACAGCGCCAUACGCAACGCCGAUCGUCUCUGAAAGCAAAACGUUUGCAAAGAAAUCAAAGAAGUUGACGGCCUUUGCGGAGGGGGAGAUGCGAUUAUUUUCGGUCCAGGAUCUGGGCAUGGAGUUGUACCUGGUGGCGGCGGUGCUGUUUGCAAUCGUAGUCCCGGGGCUGGGGCAGGAGAAGGACUACACGGUGCGGGAGGAGCUGCCGGAGAACGUGCUGAUCGGCAACUUAGUACGGGACCUGAAUCUCAGCGACGCCAACCUGCCGCUCAUCUUCAAGCUGGUGUACAAGACGGGAGACACGCCGCUGAUCCGAGUGGAGGACAGCACCGGCGAGCUCUUCACCACCUCGCACCGCAUCGACCGGGAGAAACUCUGCGCCAACAUCUACAGCGAGACCCGCUGCUUCUACGAGGUCGAGGUGGCCGUGCUGCCCAACGAGGUCUUCAAACUGGUCAAGAUGAGGUUCCUGAUCGAGGACAUCAACGACAACGCUCCCCUCUUCCCUUCCACCGUGAUCAACAUUUCCAUUCCCGAAAACACCGUGGUCAAUUCGCGUUACUCCAUCCCCUCCGCCGUGGACCCCGACGUGGGAGUCAACGGGAUUCAGCACUACGAGCUGUUGAAGGGGCAGAAUGUCUUCGGGCUGGACAUAAUCGAAACUCCCGAGGGCGACAAGUGGCCACAGCUGAUCGUGCAGCAGAACCUGGACAGGGAACAAAAAGACACUUACGUGAUGAAGAUCAAAGUGGAAGACGGUGGGGUGCCACCAAGGUCGAGCACUGCCAUCCUCCAGAUUACUGUGACUGAUGUAAAUGACAACCGUCCUGUGUUUAAGGAGAGUGAGAUUGAAGUCCACAUCCCAGAAAAUGCUCCUGUGGGCACCUCGGUGAUCCAGCUCCAUGCCACGGAUGCUGACCUUGGCCCUAAUGCUAUUGUCCGUUUUUUCUUCAGUAACCAGGUGUCUGCUUUGGCUAGGAGGCUCUUCACCAUCGACAGCACCAGUGGCCUGAUCACAGUGAGGCAGCCCCUGGACCGGGAAGAGUUUCCAGUUCACAAGUUGACUGUCCUGGCCAGCGAUGGCAGCUCGACUCCGUCCAGAGCAGUGGUCACCAUUAACAUCACAGAUGUUAACGAUAACGUGCCGACCAUUGACACCAGGUACAUCAUUAACCCCGUCAACGGUACUGUCUUGCUGUCUGAAAAUGCUCCGCUUAAUACCAAAAUUGCACUGAUUACAGUUACAGACCAGGACUCUGAUUUAAAUGGGAAAGUCACCUGCUUUACUGAUCAUGAUGUCCCAUUUCGUUUGAAGCCUGUGUUUGAUAAUCAGUUCUUAUUAGAAACUGGAGCCCUGCUAGACUAUGAAAGCACAAAAGAAUACACUAUUAAGAUAGUGGCAUCUGAUGCAGGCAAACCACCGUUAAAUCAAUCAGCCACUGUGGUGAUUAAACUGAAGGAUGAGAAUGAUAACGCUCCUGUUUUUAAUCAGCCCAUAAUUGGGCUGUCAAUUCCUGAAAAUAACACCCCUGGUACACAGUUAACAAAAAUCAGUGCUACUGAUGCAGACAGUGGGAAGAAUGCAGAAAUUACUUACCUCUUGGGUCCCAAUGCCCCAUCCAUCUUCAGCGUAGAUCGGAGAACCGGAAUCCUGUCAGCUAUGAGGAGAUUAGACAGAGAGAAGCAAGACCGUUAUGUCUUUACUGUACUAGCCAGGGACGGUGGCAAGCCCUCUAUUCAGAGCAAUGCUACUGUGAUUUUGACUGUGUUGGAUCAAAAUGACAACAGUCCUUCCUUCACACACAGUGAAUACAAUUUCUAUGUGCCUGAAAACUUGCCCAUGUAUGGAACUGUUGGACUUAUCACAGUCACUGAUGCCGAUGCAGGAGGUAAUGCAGCUGUUAGCCUUUCUAUACUGAAUGAUAAAGGCUACUUUAUAAUUGAUCCCACCAGUGGGGUUAUCAAACCUAAUAUUACAUUUGACAGGGAGCAGCAGAGUUCUUAUACGUUUCAAGUCAAAGCUGUCGAUGGAGGUAGGCCUCAACGAACUUCAGUGGCGAGAGUGACUAUAAAUGUUGUUGAUGUAAAUGAUAACAGCCCUGUGUUUGUGUAUCCUUCCUCUAACUUUUCGUACGAGCUCGUAUCUACUUUUGCUAACCCUGGCUCUGUGGUGGGAAAGGUUUUUGCCAUUGACAAUGACACAGGGAUGAAUGCGGAGCUUCGCUACAGCAUAGUCAGUGGGAAUUCCAGAGGGCUCUUUGCCAUUGAUCCAAUGACUGGCAACAUUACCCUGCAGGAAAAAGUCACAACAACAGACCGUGGCUUAUACAGGCUUGUAGUGAAGGUCAUUGAUUUGGGACAGCCAGAAUCCCUGCAUGCCAUAGCACUUGUGCAUUUGUUUGUCAAUGAAACCAUCGAUAAUUUUACAUAUGUCCAAGACCUGGUGCGGAAGAGCAUGGAGACCCCUUUGGAUAAGAAUGUUGGGGAUAGUCAGAUUACCCCUCAGACCAACGAUUACAUUAAAAUUGUUAUUGCCAUCAUAGCCGGGACCAUGACCGUCAUUCUUGUCAUUUUUGUUACUGCUUUGGUGCGAUGCCGUCACACGCCGAGACAUAAGGCUGCGCAGAAGGGGAAACAGAGUGGGGAGUGGGUUUCCCCCAAUCAGGAGAACAGGCAGAUUAAGAAAAAGAAACGAAAGAAGAAGAGGUCUCCAAAGAACCUCCUUCUGAAUUUUGUUACAAUUGAGGAGUCCAAACCAGAUGACCCUGCCCACGAGCACAUCAAUGGCACCUUGGAUCUUCCAGUGGAAUUGGAGGAUCAGACUAUGGGGAAGUAUAACUGGGGCACCACACCUACCACUUUCAAACCUGAUAGCCCAGAUCUUGGAAAACACUAUAAGUCUGCCUCACCCCAGCCCUCCUUUCAAAUCAAGCCUGAGACUCCAGUGCCCAUGAAGAAGCACCAUGUCAUCCAAGAGCUACCGCUGGAUAACACGUUUGUGGUGGGCUGUGACUCCCUGUCCAAGUGUUCCUCGAGCAGUUCUGACCCCUACAGCGUUUCAGAGUGCAGUUGUCAGGGUGGCUUCAAGACUGCAGGGCCAAUCCACACCAGACAGCAAUCUUCCUCCUCAGUGGCAGUGCCCACCCCUACUCCUUGGAAUUGCCACUCACUGCUUUAACAUUCUCUUCCAGUUCAUUAAUCAGGAGGGGCCACUGGAUUUUGAACUCUAG